GUCUAUAUAUAUAGUACUGUAUAUGUAAUGUGUCUUAAUGCAGUACAUGAAAACUAUACAAAUAAAGUAAAAAAACAUAUACAUGCAUUUGUAAAUCUCUCAAAUAUAAGAAAUGCUUUUGAUAUUUCCUUUACUUGCAACCCUCUUUCUUACUAUCAUAUAUUUUCUACGCAAAAACCCUAGAAAAAAUGAGUCAUUUCAUCCUCCCACUGGACCUAAGGGGAUCCCCUUCAUCGGAAACCUACACCAAUACAACCCCUCGAACCCUCACAUCUACUUUGCCAACCUUGCCAAGAUCUAUGGCCCGAUCUUGAGUUUGAGAUUUGGACGCGUACCUGUUGUUGUGGUUCAAUCGGCCAAGCUAGCAAAGGAGGUUCUCCAAACACAAGACCUAAACUUUUGUAGUAGACCACCCAUAGGUGGUAUGAAAAGGCUAAGUUAUAAUGGUUUAGACAUUGCUUUUACUCCAUAUAAUGAAUAUUUCAAAAAAAUAAAGAAGAUAAGCGUUGUUCAUCUCCUUAGUUCUAAAAGAGUGGAGUCUUUUGCUCCGAUUCGACAAGAAGAAGUCUCAAUGAUGAUGCAUAAGAUCUCCUCCCUCUCUUCUGCUUCGAAACCCGUAAAUUUGAGUGAAUUGCUAAUGAGUUUUACAAGUUCAAAUAUAUGCAGGAUUGCUUUUGGCAAGAGGUACGAAGAUGAUGAAGGGUCAAGGAGCAAAUAUCAUAGCCUACUAAAUGAAGCUGAAGCCUUGCUAAUAACCUUCUUCUAUAGUGAUAUUUUGCCUUAUUUUGGGUGGCUUGAUAAGCUAACCGGAAAAUUUUCUAGACUUGAGAAGACAUUUAAGAAAUUGGAUGCAUUUUAUGAAGAAGUCAUAAAUGACCAUAUUAACCCUAACAAGCCUAAAUCUGAUAGAGAGGAUAUCAUCGACAUUCUACUCCAACUUAGACAACAACAACCUUCUUUGGAGCUUACUUUGGAUCACAUCAAAGCAGUGUUAAUGAAUAUAUUUAUCGCAUCAACCGAUACAAGUGCAGCAAUGGUAAUAUGGGCAAUGACCGAGCUAAUAAAGCAUCCCAAUUCAAUGAAAAACGUACAAGAAGAACUUAGAAAUACUAUGCAAAACAAGGGUCGUCGUUACAUAAAUAAUGAUGACCUUAAGGAUCUUGGAUACUUCAAGGCAGUAGUGAAGGAAACAUUUAGGCUACACCCCGCAAGCCCAUUACUAAUAGCACACGAAACGAUCCAUAGAACAACCAUCGAAGGGUAUGACAUUCUACCCAAAACAUUAGUAUAUGUAAAUGCAUGGGCGAUUGGAAGAGAUCCUGACUCUUGGAAUGACCCCGAAAAUUUUGUUCCAGAGAGAUUUUUGGAAAGUUCAAUAGACUUUAUUGGGUGUGACUUCGAGUUAAUUCCUUUUGGUGCUGGAAGACGAUCAUGCCCUGGCUUACAUCUCGGUGUAGCUAACAUGGAGGUUGCACUUGCCAAUUUAUUGCAUGUUUUUGAUUGGGAAUUGCCUGCUGGUUUAGAAAGGGAGGACAUCGACACUAAUGUAAUUCCUGGCAUUGCUAUGCAUAAGAAAAUUCCAUUACGUCUUGUGGCAAAAACAAAAUUAAUGGACCAAAUGUAACCUUAAGCUUAAUUAAUAAUUAUCUAUUAUGUACACUCUUAUAUUGUCAUAUACUUGGUUUAUGCACCAAAGUGGAUUUAUAUUGUUCUAGAAUCGAAGAGCAUGUUGCAAUCAAUUGCAAUUUUUUUGUUGGUCAUUUAAUAUUUUUAAUUGUCACCGAUUUAUUAGUUUAAGAAUCGAAGCCAAGUUGUAGUCACUAGG